AAUCGACACUGAAAAGCCGCUUCAAACAAGAAGCAAAGCUGUUCCUUUCGUGUCCGCGCACCGUUUUGCUGUACCUCUAUGUUACCCUAAAAGUCCAGACCAGUCGGCUGCGUGCUGCCCGUUGCAUCAACUCCUUCGCAAGGUCGAUCCCGUGCGAUAUUGUCGGCUGCUGAGGCCUGCUCGUGACGAGCCUUCUUGCGAAUGGUAGUCUUGCUGUUGUCCAUUGCCUUGUGUGGCUUGUCGCCUUGCUUGGUCGUCCUCUUGGCCGGAAGCUUGCUACUGACUUUUUCGGUGCCAGCACUACCCUUGUGUGCCCUCAACUUGGGGGCGAUGGAAUUGAUUUCCAACGUUUGUAGUGCGGUACCUUACGUCUUGGCAAAUUGCUUGCUUGUAGGUGUAGCCCCUGUGGGUAAUGUGGAAGCGAAUACGCCAUUCGUCAAUGAUGUGACCCGACUUGGUUGCCAAGAUGAACAGGACAUCCUGCUGAGCUUCGGCAAAGCCGAGUCAGUAUCACUGGCACUCGCUUUUCUCUUCCGUUUUGUUGAUGGGAGAUUUUGACAUUCUUGUUUCCGUCUCUACAUUUCCUCUUGC